ACUGUAAUGGCCACAAAUUCGACCAAUGUAGGCUUAUCUCAGUAUCGUAAUGAAUAUCUCGCGGCGAUUGCUGCUACUAUUUCUUUGUUGGCGAUUGUCGCUUCAGCAGGUAGGACAUCUCCAGCAAUUCCAGCUCUCGAGAAGGAAGAUUCUCCUAUUCCUAUUACCGCAAAUCAAGGAUCAUGGAUUGUGUCGAUCCCUCCGAUAGGUGCAUUCUUUGGUCCGAUAAUUACAGGUCUGGCAGUUGAUCGAUAUGGACCGAAGCGAACACUUCUGUUUUCAGUGACACCGCUGGCCAUCGGGUGGAUUUUAAUCAUAUUUGCCAGUAAUGUUGAGACCCUCUACGCCGCUCGUUUCCUACAAGGAAUCUCUUACGGCACUGUUUACUCGACCAUACCUAUUUAUUUAGGCGAAAUAUCUUCGAAUGCUAUUCGUGGUUCCACUGGAGUGCUUGUUAUCGUGAUGGCUAAUUCCGCAUAUGUAUUGGAAUAUAGCGUUGGACCUUACGUGGAUUUUCGAUCACUCGCUUGGAUUUCACUCGCAUUGCCAGUCAUAUUCUUCGUUUUAUUCAUUUGGACACCAGAAUCACCCUACCACCUACUGGCUCACGGUCGUAAUAAAGAAGCUUUGAGCACACUCUGUUGGUUGCGCCGAUCAGAUGAAUCUUCAGAUCAACUAGAAAAGGAAUUCACGCAGAUGAAAGCUCUGAUUCUGGAAACCAAAAACGAUAACAAUUCGUCGAAAAACCUUUUCUUGAGAAGGAACAGAAAGAGUUUGGGAAUCAUGUUGCUAUUAUCCUGUGGAAUUCAGCUGACUGGUAUAGCUGCUAUCUUAGGAUAUGCGCAAACAAUUUUUUCUAAAUUAGAUAUGGACUUGGAUGCAGCAGAGUUAUCAAUUAUUCUGGCCUCGGUCCAACUAAUUACCGUUUUCAUUCCAACGUUCCUCGUUGACAGAGCUGGACGACGACCGCUGUUACUCAUAUCUGCUGGAGGUUCCUCACUUGCGCUAAUAACGUGUAGUAUCUACUUCACCUUCGAUGCUCAUGGUUAUCGAACGGAGCCCCUUAGUUGGGUUCCCUUCGUGAGCAUUUUGGGAUUCAUUGUAUCGUUUGCACUUGGUUUAGCGACGGUGCCAUAUGCCAUUCUAAGCGAAAUAUUUAUUAAAAAUAUCAAAGCGAUAGCGAAUGCACUAUUUGCCAUGAUAACAUCGGUGGUGGUUUUUGUGGUCAUAAAAUUGUUCCAGAUAAUUUCGGAUAGUGCAGGAACAUAUGUUUCAUUUUGGAUAUUCAGCGGUUGCACUGUCUGCACGGGUGUGUUGAUACAUGUUUUAAUACCGGAAACAAAAGGAAAGUCAUUCGAAGAGAUUCAGAAGAUCAUGACGGAUAAGCUUCCAUCAAAUGAGUAGGCUUGAGGCAUAUCGUUGAAGGAUGAAAUAUGGAGUCAUUUUCGUUAUGAAGUUGAUUUAUAGCUUUUCGUUAUUUAAUGAAGCGACAAACCAACUAUAGCACAAAAGCUUUUGUGUACAUUCUGUCAAAUAUAAACGUGGAAUUCGUGUUUUUCAAGAAAGUACUGUAUUUAUCAUCUAAACUUAUAUUAUCGUCUUCAAAUAGGCCCCUUAUAGCUUUAUCCAGGAAUCGCUUUCAGUACUCGCAGCGAAUUCGUUUUUAUGUCUUCAAUGCUGUCAAAAAGGGUUCCACAAAGCGGUAAUUUGAGUUUCGGAAAUAGGAUAAAGGCACACGAAAUCAUAUCUGGAGGGUACAGUUCUUGUUCAAUCACAUUCGUGUCAUUCUUGGUCAAAAAUUCAUUCACAAUGAUCGAUCGUUGAGUUGGUAUAUUAUCGUGGUGUAAAAUCCAAAUGGUAUCCUUCCACAAACCUGGCCGUUAGCAACGAAUUUUCUCAUAACGCCAAUUCUCUAUUGACCUUCGGAAAAUUUCCGAAUGGACAACAUCAUAUAAAAAAUCAUCGAUCAAAGAAAGUUACUUGUUUUUAAUGACGCUGCAAACAAACUAAAUGAUAGAUCGUGCUCAAAAGUGUCAUUAAGGCCUGUCAAAAAACUUCAACUUAAAAAAAUUCAAAAACUAAAAAUUUGAAAAAUGGUUAGCAGGAAGAUUUCAAAUUUCAAAUUCCCGAUAUAUAUUUGAGAGUAUGUAUUUGUUUAUUGUAUUUACACAUUAGAAUGUAUAGAAGUGAGGAAAUUAGUUAAUCAACAAUGGAAUAUAUUC